AUGGCGGGCCAGUUGGGUAGCUACCUGCGCUUCUUGCAGUCUCCCAGCACUGGCGAACUUGCCAGUGAUGCAUCGAUCCACUACAUUACCACGACUACCACUAUCACCGAGCCGACCGCGAUCCUGAAGCACCUCAGCGCUCAAGCCAAGCAGGUCGAGAAGAAGGAGGAGAAGAUCGUCUUCACAAUCGAGAGCGACAAUGGCUGCUGCGUCGAGACAGCCACUACACUGCAGUUCCGCCUGGGCGGCGGUGCCUUCCUGCCAGGAAUGGACUCAAACAUGCUGGAUGAGCGCGAGGUCACCUUCCCACUUACUCAUGUUGUGAGCUACUCCAGCGAGGGCAAGAUCCAGCAAAUCCGCCUUUACUGGGACCAGGGCACUCUGCUCAAGCAGGUUGAGGCUAUUGGCAAGACAGGCCGCAACUGGCCAAUUCGCGACGGGAAAGCACAGAUCGAAGCCGUGACUGGUAGCAUCAAGUCCGGCGGAGCUCCAGCUGCCCCCAACUACGGCAGGUCAUCUGGAGGGCGCAACCCGAACGAGGUGGUUAUUCGUGAGCACUCCAAGCGCGACAGCAUUUCAGCAACUCGCGAUCCACAUGCCAGCCUCUCACUCUUUGCCGAACGUGAUCCAAACGACGACGGCCGUACUUACUCAGGUCCCAACUAUGCGAGGACCAAAUCCGCCAAGCCAGGACCUCGUGAUCUCGGUGAGCUCUUCGUCGACGAGGAGUCUGCCUCAGUUGCUGCUGCGUCAUCGGUUAGGAGCCCAUCGCCGCACAAAGCUGACGGCACGAUUCUGAAAGCUGGAGCCGGCAAGAACUUCAAUACCAACCGCCUCUUUGACGACCAGCCUGAUGCAUCGCCAUCAAGAUCGCCUGAACGCAAGAAGACUUAUGGUCAGAAGUAUGAGCACUUCGCUUUUGGCAAUGGCGAGGACGCACCAAAAGAGAACAGGCCGAUUAGCAACAAGGGCAAGUCGCAAAACGCAGCCACUUUUAGCUUCGAGGACUUCACCACACCACCAAAGCACGUUGAGAAGAUGAGACCAGAUUACGAGCGCCAUUGGGGCGCUGGUGUCGAUGAGGACGAUCCAAGCUCACCACCUAAGCGUCCUAUCGUGCAUGCCGCUCGCAAAGAUGCUGCGCCUCAAUGGGACAUGACGGACGAGUCGCCCAACCCUACCAAGGUCAAGUCUUUCCAACGCCAGAAAGGCAUGGGUCUGUACCAAGAUCCGCUCCAGGACGAUGAGCGAACCGCAAACGGAACCAAGUCAUCGGCAACCACCUCGACCAAUAACACGCGCCGCGGUGAUGACUUCAGCGCUCAUUACGCCAUGGCGGACGAUUCUCCGGCUGGGGCUAAGGUCGCGCAGAACAAGCAUGCUGCCCGUGCUGACCUCAAUGCAAACUGGGGAUUCGGAAGCCCCAUCCAAGAGAAGAAGAUCUACAAGACUGCUGGCGAUGGUAUGGGAUCGCGCAAGGGUGGCCGAACUUGGAGUUUUGGAGAUGAAGAGAAAGAGGCUGACGCCGCCGUUCGCAGCACCGCCAGAUCUCGCGCGCAAGCGCAAGCCGGUGCUGACGAACUUGAGUUCUGA